AUGGCGACGAGAAAUAAAAAACAAGGAGGAGAAGGAAAACAUUGUGAACGGUGGCAACAGCUGGGGCUUAAUGCCUACGUGGGUUGGCGAACGAGCCUGUUAGCGUACUUGAGGGAUAGCUUGGAAGUAAAUGAAACGGUUGAAUCUCGCACAGCUCUGUUACUUGCUAUCGUUGCGCGUUUACCGCUCAAUCCAUGCUGUGGAUUAGAAGGACACAGCAAACAAAUAGCUGCGAAGUUGGGUAGUUACUUGGGAAAUUUCCCAUCUUCCUGUCUCUCCGCUGAAAUAUCUUAUUCUGAUGCACUGCUCUUGUCAGACUUGCAAUGUGAACGUUGCAACGAACAAGAAAAUAUUAAGGAAAAUGAAAAGGGUGAUAGCAAAUUUUGUAAAAGAAAGCAACGAAAUUUUAUGGCUAUUUGGGAUAACAUUUUUCACGUCGAUCGGGACGGUUUUGCAGUAGAACAGGAAUCGGCAGCAAUUCUUAAAGGGUCUAUCGCGGUAAAUUAUGCACUCGAAGAUGCGACUCUGGAAAUCAUGUAUUAUAAACUUGUCGGUCAUUUACCUGAUAUAAAGUCCGAAUUCGAAAUUUUUGCACAUUCACUAUCAAUAUUUGCUCGAUUGACUGAUGACAGUAGCAUCUACGGAUUCGUUGUAAAACAACUUUUGUCUCAUGAUUUUCCAAUUAUCGGCAAAAAUGAGCAAGCCGUUGCUGUUUGGAAGGUGAUGUUAUCUUUGCUUCUGAAAGGUUCGAUAAACUUCUUAUACGAUGAAUUUGAUAUCUCACGUUUCUCAUUUCAAAGUGUUCUACUCGAAAGCAUUAUUUGUUGUGCGGCAAAGGGGAACGGCAAAAGAUUUUAUUUUGAAGGGGUGCAAUGCGCAGCUGUACUCUCAGGAAUUCUCAAUAGUGCUCUCUCUCUGCCCGAUGAAUAUUAUUCCUUCAUAGAGAUUACAUCACUCAUUACAACUUUUCUCUCAGUUCGUCUAACGGACAAUUUUAUUGACCGAUGUGCGGAAAUUAUUGCAAAGGAACAGCACAAUUUUGACAGACGAACUACUAUGGCAAUAUCGAAUGCAUUCUUGGUAUCAUUAGAGAAUCGUAUUGGUAGUUUCCAAGGAGCGAAGUUGACUUGUCUUUUGCAAACGCUUUCAUUAAUUUGUUCAUUUUUGCUUGUACAAGAUACAGAAGUUAUCUGUAUGGCAAUUUUGAAUCGUUUAAAAAUUGAGUUAGCACUUUCUGAACAGUGGAAUAUUGGUGCUAAAUUGGACGCUACUUCAACACAGUGUGAUGCGAUGGCUGACUUCCUUGCUGAGCACUUGGUCGGACAAAAAGCUGUCGAAUUUGCUAUUAGUGAUGUGAUUUUACCACUUAUGACCCUUCUCGAAACAUCUGCUGCAUCAUUCAGCCUUGUACAUAUUAUCUGUGAACGCUGUAUUCGUUAUAUUGGAAAUGAACUGAUCAGUUCCAAAAGCGUGGAAGAUUUAGCAAAAUCAAUAAGCGAUCGAUUUGCUCGAGAACUGGCUUAUGCUAGUGCGGAUAUCUGGACGUUAAUUGGAGUUACCGACUUCGCUAUUCCAUUACUUCAUGUUGCUGAUCUUCUGCUAUUGAUGUUAUCUUACUGUAAUAAAAAAGAUUUGCCGUCUGAGUUUCUGAAAUACGCUGAGCAAUAUGGCUUAACAUUUGUUGGUAUUGCCAUGGACUGGAUGAUGGCACCCAGUGAGGUUCAUUCACACAGGCUUCGCAUAAGUCAACUUUUUGGUGUGUCAUUACGGAUUGUCCUUGCAACAGAUGCAGCUGAGGAAAAUCUGUUGGAGUGGAUACAGUCCAAAUUGCUGAAAAAUGAGUUGCUCAUUUCAAACGUGCGUUUAUUAGAGUGCUUCAUACGGGUACUGCUUCUUACGACAUAUUCACCUACUCAAAGCAAACGCUUUCGAGAGUCAUCAUCUGUUAAUGAAGUAGCUAAAAGUGCCAAUAAAUUUUGCUCACAGCUGUUUGUUAUUUCAAUAGAACUGCUUCAAAAGCAUCUUCAAGUUAAGCGUAGUAUUUCAUCCGAUAACGAGUAUUAUGUUCGCAAAAUAUGUCGUAUGCUUCAACAUGCAGUAUUAAAUGUUCAAUUUGGCAAAAGCGAAAAAUGCACUCUUCUUAGCAAGUUAAAUCACCUCAUUUUGCAUUUGCUGCGAACUCUAGCUGAAAUAUCAGUGUCUUGGAAUUGCUUUCGGAUUUUCCUUACGCUCUAUUUUGAUUUGGCUUCCACAAAUUUUACACCUUUAGAUAUACGAAAUGUGUUUGCAAUUGUAAGGAGUGCUCGUUAUUUACAGGUAGCCUUAACAGAAGCUUUAUUGGAAUUACUGUUGAAUGAAAAAAUUGAACCAAAGGAUAUCUAUGUUUUUCCACAAAAAAUCCAUUCUCAUGUCAGAUUUAACUGCGAAAAAGCAACGCGAAAUAACUUUUCAUUUGAUGGAAGCGAUUGGACAAGAAAAUCAGCAUCACGGGAUGCAUCACUUUAUGAGGAACGUGCAGAGGAGAGACAUAACACCCAACUACUUUCUGGAUCUCUAAGCAAUUUAGCAAUCACUAAAUAUGAAGAGAAUUCUUUUGAUCGAUGUUGUGCUGCAAAACUUGUCCUUGACAGAUCAUUAUGUUUAACCGAUGGAUUUACUGUUUCGUUUUGGUUGUUGCCACAAGAAAUCCAGGAAAGGAUGAGAUGCAUUUAUAAUAUUAAUGAAAUCGUUGAUGCUUCCCAGCAAAUUUAUCCAGUUUGUUCAGUAGAUACUAAUAAUCUGAGUUUUCUGCUUCAGAUAUCCGAUGAGCGCACUUUAUAUAUGAGUAUUACUCUCAAUGGCGAAAUAAAACGCAGCAGACGUCUUCGAUCGAUAUUAAUAGGUGAUGCCUGGAAUCACAUUGUAGUGUCAAUGGUUGCUGUUGGUUCGAUGCAUUCAGUGCAUGUUUGGAUUAAUUCGCAACGUUUUAUCAUGCAUAUGAAACUUGAAUGCACAAAAUCUUCAGAAAAAUUAUCAUUUGUGUUCGGCUUCGGCGCACUACAAAAAGAUUUGGUUUGCUCGAAAAUAGUAUAUGAACUGUCAUCAAUUCUUUCAUUUCGAGGUUCUUUGAGAGUUCCACAAGUUCUUAUUUUACGAGCUCUUGGCUGUGAUUGCAUUUCUUUGGCGGCAUGUAAUAUUAGUUCUCUGAUAUUGAGACUGACGUCGUUGUUGUCCUCUCAAAAUGUUUCUUUUCAACAAAACGCAGUUCUCGAGCUUUUUGCUGAUGUUAGGACUGCAUUUGCUCGCCUUCAGCAAGAUUUUCUUUUUAUUAUAAGAGACCGGAUGGCAUAUUUACAACGAAAAUUUUAUUCACCAAACAGUCAAAAUAAAAUGCAGUUUGAUCACUUACCUCCUGUUGAAGGACAUCUCUUAGAGUGGAAUUGUCCAGUGGUGAAGCGAUUGGGAAAAACAUCUAUCGAUGAUUGCUGGCUACCGCUUGGCUCACAAAAUCUUUUCCUUUUUAUGUUUGCAGAGGCUCUCGAUCAAAAACACAGUGCACAUGAGCAAGCAAUUACCUUUCGUCUAUUAUUCCAAUUUUUACGACGAGUUAGCCCUUUCAUAGGCGAAUAUACUCUUUCAAACGUGUAUAAUUGCGUAAUACGAUGUCUGACGUCGUCACUUGCGCAUCUCGGUACCCAAAUGCUUAAGGAGUUUCGAAAUGCAUGCAUUUCAUUACCACACAACGUAAAAUGUCAGAGUGAAAGAUCGAAAGAAUGGUUCAUUAUUGAUGCAGAGCUCGUAGUAUGUUUGGUUUGCGCUCCAUUAAUAUGGAAAGGUCGGGAAAGAAUGUUGCAUUGGCGCAUUAUAUUAGAAGAUAUUGCGCAUUGCAUUUCAGAAGAAACAGCAGAAUGUUAUGCAUUCAGCAAAGAGCAGUUGAAGCGAGUCAAUUUUCUUGAAAAAAUUUUCCAGGCCGUUUUGGAAAUGCUUCAAGAUGGUAAAAAUUACCGAGUUGAGAUGCAGGAUGUUGCACCAUUAAUUGAUACUCUGUUAACGAUUAUCUGUAAAUUGAUAUGUUCAAUACCAGUAGCCGAAGGAAUAAUUCACCUGUGGAAUUUCAUAUUUCUUUCUCAUCCAGCUGCUCAUACAUACAUCACCUAUGACUGUACAGAUCAUUUUCAUUGGUUACAGCAAGAAUUAUCACAAGAGGAAAGUAAAUUUGAUCUGUUGGGAGAUACCGAUUUAGUGCGCCGUUUGAAAGAUUAUGAUAACAUUCUUGAAAAAAGUCGCAUUGUCGAAGUUUGGACCAAAGAACGUUCAGUAAUAAAAUUGCGGCAGAUGUAUGAAGCAGCAUGUUUAGAUCGUGCUGAAAAUUCUGCUGAUUCAAAACAACCCGAUAUUGCAUACAAAAAAGGUGGAUUGGAUUUGGUUUGCGAUUUACAAGAAGCGAAAACCAAAUCAGACAAAAGCAGUGAAGACGAAUUAGCUGCUACGAAAGAGGAAAGCUUAGUGAAUUGGUUUUGUGAUCUUCGUUGUGGAUGUUUGGAACAGUUAGCACUGGUUGUUCAAAAUGCUCCAGAUGCAUCAUUCAAUGAAGUUGUAAACGUGAAGAUAUCGUGGCAAGCUAUAAUAGCUCUUUUAACAAAUCAAUCUGAUGAGCGCUUUCGAGAUCAUGUGUUCAGUUUGUUGAAGCACAUUUUGCUUCGAGCAGAUUCAGCGAUGCGAUUUGAUUUCAUAAGAAACGAUGGAUUUGAGUUACUUUCCAGCCAGAUGAAAGGUUACCCUGCGACAGAUGAAAUAGCUUCAUCACUAUUCUCCUUGCUUUUUGAAGAAGCAGUUCGUUUCAGCGACGAUCUAGGCUCAGACCAUGUAUCAUCUUUAAAAGUAAAUCAGUUCAAAUGCUUAUCACUGAAAGCAAUAUUUGUUUUAUGGGAAGAAAGCGUUCGGCAUUCGAGCUUGCAUUUAUACUGGAAUAUUUCAUCUAUGCUAACAACGUUAUUUAACGAAAACGAAAUGCUGAUGCAAGCAAUGAUGGACGUUGGUUUAUGCACCACUGUUGUUUCUAUUCUAAGAAGAAUUGCUUCACUUCCUUCCUCUCCAAUCGAUUUGAUUGACGUGAGUGCAACAGCCCCCUUUAUGGAAUGUUGGUUUGGUAUCGUGUGGAGUAUUAUACGCUUGUGUUUGCCAUACCGCAAUUCGCAUCUGUAUAGUAUGUGUCAAAAUAUGCAAUGGCUACUGGAAAUGGCAGUUCUGUACACAGACAUCCAUUCCGAAAGAAUCACUCGUCAAGGUCUUACAUGUGUUUAUGGAUUAUGGUUAACAGUGCUACAGGAACUUUACCUAAAUAAUGAUAAAUCAGACUGGGAUUCGAUCAAUGACGUGUUAGCUGCUGAUCAAGAAAGUAGUGAUGAUGUAGUGAAUAACAGGACACAGUGUGAUACCUCGCUUGUCAGUAAUUUUCUCUCUGAAACUCUUUCCACAAUACUUGGAAGGGUUGCUGAUUUUCGAGAUUGUAGAAAAUGUACCUACAAAAAUAACAAGUGCUAUAGCAAGUGCUUGCCUUCAACAGAUGAGUGCGCGGAUCGUCUGAUAUUCUGUAUCACUGAAAUUUCACAUUUUUUUACUAACAUGCCAAUGAAAUCACUUGAAGCUGUUACAAAUCAAGAAGUGAAAUUAUUUGAAAUAUUCCUGUCAUUUCUGUCUCUAGUUUGCAAGCGAGGUGAUACACGAGUGAUAGCGUUUAAGCAUCUUAACAAAAAACAGCGUUUAAUUAACAUCUGUCGCGAGCGUACUAAACAUUUAUUUGGUCUACUUAUUGCUUUUGUACUUUUUCCGGCGUCAGCAAAAGCUAGAAAAUUAAAUUCAUCCGCAUCGAAUAUAGGAAGAAAUGAAAGCAGCUGGGAAAUGCGAAAACGCUUGAUGAUUGUGAAGACAUUAGUGUCGAACAGAAACCACCUGAAAUUCCUUCGUGAUACUGAUUUGGAAUACCAGUGUGCCUUAAACUUGUCAUUGCACGAAUUGGCAUUAUUGGAUAUUAUCAAGGAUUCGAGCAUUCAAAAAGAUAUUGAAAAAUUAAUUAAAUUUUUGAGAGAAUUACAAAUCGAAUCUCCUUUGGCGACUUUAAAUAGCGAUCGGUUUGCAUCAUUGAAUAUGAACGAAUCACUGGCAGUUCGUGGCUAUAUAGAAUAUCGAAACAAAUUUUUAGCAAGGUUACAACAACGAGCUACUCGUUAUAUUGUUGAAGAAAAGCAACAAACAAAGAUUCGAAACGAGGUAGCGAUGCAAAUGACAUGUCGAGUUGUAGAAGAUCAAAAUUUACUGCGAAAAAAUUUCAUGAAAACCUGUCAAGAAUUGGAACUAAGAAAUAUGGCUGCUGAUCUAUUUUUAGACGGUUUAUUGACAGAACUUUGUCAUCCAGAAGGUCUUUGUCAUGAUUCGGAAUCGUGGCCAUCAAGCUGGGCACUUGACCCUACGGAAGGGCUAAACAGAGAACGUCGUAGAUUGAUACCUUCACAUUUGUCCUUCGACAACAAAUUUUUGCGGCCACAAUCUCAAAACAAAAUCAAAAAACGAGAAAAAUCUCCUCCUCUAUUUCAUUUAUUGAGUGAUAUAAGAAGAAACAUGAAUAAAUUGUGUUUGGAUGAUGGUUUAGCACCUGGUGAAAGCAUUAUUUUAUCACUACCGGCCAUGGUUGUCAGAUCGACGGUUGAAAGUAGCGGAGAAAUUCUUGUUGGCGACAAAAAAUUUUACUUUCAUAGUGAUUUCACAAGAUCCGUUCAGAAGGGGUUAAGCCGGGCCAACAAACUAUUUAUCCGGUGGAACUACGAUGAUGUAGUCGAAAUCUACAAACGGCAUCAUCUUUUGAAAGAUGUUGCUUUGGAAAUUUUCUUGUCAGAUGGCCAAACUUAUCUGUUUGUUUUCGAAGAACAAGAGAAACGCGAUAAGUUUGGUUGGCAAAUACUUUCAUCCAGUUUAUGUAAAUUAUCCGAUUUUUCGGAUGUAUCUGUACAAUCAGCUGCACAAUUGUGGCGAGAAGGAACGAUCACAAAUUUUGAAUACUUGAUGCAAUUAAAUAAGUCGGCUGGUCGUUCGUAUAAUGAUCUCAUGCAGUAUCCAGUGUUUCCAUUUGUUUUGUCGGAUUAUAAAUCCAAUAUAUUGGAUCUCACUAAUCCAGUGUCAUUUAGGGAUUUAAGCCGCCCAAUGGCAAUUCAGGAUAAGCGGUUAGAAGAACACUAUCUCCGAAAAUACAGCUAUCUGGCUCGCGAAGAAGUUCAAGCAAUGCCUGGUUGUGGUUCACCAUUCGUACUGGGACCUUAUCAUUAUGGAAGCCAUUACUCGAAUAUAGGCAUUGUUGCACAUUAUCUUGUUAGAUUACCACCAUUUACCGACAUUGCACUUGAAUAUCAAGACAACAAUUUCGACAUUGCUGAUCGGUUGUUCAAUUCAAUUGAAACCUUAUGGCGCUUGGCAAGCUUUGAUUCGACCACUGAUUUCAAGGAACUUAUCCCUGAAUUCUUUUAUUUGCCUGAUUUCUUGAUGAAUAAAGAAAAGCUGAAUUUGGGAGUACGCCAGAAUGGCGAUAUUGUGGACGAUGUUAUUCUACCGGCAUGGUGCCAAGGAUCAGCACGUUUAUUUGUUCUUAUUCAUCGACAGGCACUUGAAUCUUCCAUUGUUUCUUCAACGCUGAAUUAUUGGAUUGAUCUGAUUUUUGGUUAUAAGCAAACAGGAAAGGCUGCGAUCGAUGCGAUCAAUGUAUUUCAUCCCGCGACAUACAGGGUGAACACAAUGAAUGGUAUAAACAAAGAAUCCGACGAAUUGUCGACCUCUGCCCUACGAGCUAUGAUACAAACUUACGGACAAAUGCCAUUGCAGCUUUUUCAUUCACCACAUCUUCCACUUUUGUGUGGGAAAACACAACAAAAUAUUCCCAACACUUCAUUGAGCCCACUUGACACGGUUAGAGGGAUACGAUGGGGUGAAUUUGUUGGGAGUCCAGAUACCGAAUUCGGAAAAUUAACAGUCGUUCUGAAUCAAAAACUACAGUCCAAUAAUGAUUGCAUUGGUCGUCUUGUUGCAUUCUCGGAAGGAACUUGUUUUGCAUUUCCGAGCAGUACAUGUUUUAUUUACAAGUACGAGGAAGGAGUUCGACCGCGAGAGCUCUGUAGUUAUGGAUUAGUAACAUGGCGGCACAAUGAUGGAAUGCUUCGAUUGUGUCUUCACGAACCGAAUCUAUGGUGGGAUUUGGCCAGUUACCAUACUUAUAAUGUGGUGGCAGUAGCUUAUUGUGUUUCGUUUGAUUUACUGUUCGUGGGACUUUCAUGUGGUAUUAUACUCACUUAUCGUAUACAUUUAAGCAAACUUGGUAUGGAAGAUUUUGUGUUUCUCAAAACAUUAUAUGCCCAUGACACUGCAGUACGUGCAUUAGCAGUUUGCGGUGAUUUUGCUGUUGCUGCGAGUGGUUGUGAUAUGGGUAAAAUUUGCAUAUGGGACCUAAAUCAUUUAUCAUAUAUUCGAACUCUCAUUCCGAGUAAUGGAAAAGAAGUGCAGUUCAUUUGUAUAAGUAAAACAAGUUGUGACGUGGCUGUCGUGGCAAAUUCUGGAUACGGGAGCAAUGUAACGUUGCAAACUAUCAACGGGUUAGAAAUCGGUAGCAUCGAUACCAACAUCGUUGUUACUGCAAUUACUAUGACAUCGCUUUCGGAAGGAACCGCCGUAAAUUGCAUUUUUCUGGGAAUGCAAAAUGGAGUGAUUAGAAUAUUUGAUAUGUGGACGAUGAGAUUUGUGCGUGAUAUCGCUGAUUAUCGGUUUCUUGAACCCGUUGUUAGUAUUAGUUUUUCAAAUCGAUGUACGAGAUUGUUCGUUAAUUUCGUAUCUGGUCGAGUAUUGUGCUGGCAAGGAGAAAAUCUGCAGGCAAAACGACCACCAUCACUUAGGAUUAUUAGCGACAUGUAA